CUUUCUUCUUUCAAUCUCUUUCUUUUCUCUGUAAAUUUAGAAAAAAAAUGGCAGUUUUCGAACUAGACUGUAUGAAAACAGAGAAAGCCAAAGCCAUGUUUAAAUUCAAUAUGCUCAAAUUCAUCUGGAAUAUAUUCCGUAUAAUCGAAUUAGCCCUAGUCAUAAUCUUCCUUCACUGGUCCUCUUCUCGUCUUCCUUUUGCCAUUAGAAUUUCCGGCGAGUAUUUCCGGCGACUGGUUACCGUCAUAAUUAGUCCUAUCUUCGUCUUCCUUAUCAGCAACGUCAUUGUCUUUACACUUGUUUUCAAAACCGGCCAAAAUUCUACUGUCAACAAUGUUGAAACAGAUCUCUAUGAUGAGAUAGUAAUGGAAUCGGAAAAUUAUCAGUUAACCGGAGAACUAGAAGAGAUCAUUUAUCAAGACAAGCAAGUCAUAAUGGAGGCGAAAGUUGAAGAUUCGGUUGAAGAAAAAGUGGAAGUUUCAGAUAAGAUGCCUUUUAAAGUUGUGGAAUCAAAACAUUAUGGGAGGAGUCAGUCGGAGAAGAUGAUCGGAAAGACAACUUGUGAGAAAUUCCGGCGAUCUGAGACAAUGAAAACGGUUGAUUCAGACAGGUUGAGUUUGGUGGACGAGGAUGAAUUGAGUAAUGAAGAAUUUCAGAGGAGGAUUGAAUUGUUUAUUGCAAGACAGGUUAAAUUUCAUCUAGAAGAAAAAUCGGCCAUUGUAAUGUCAUCAUGAUAGUUAUAAAUAAUUAUAUAUAUAAGUGUAAGAUUUAAAUGGAAUUAAGAAACUAGACAACUGCUUUUUU